AAUUAUUAAAUGAAAUAUUAUGUAUUUAAAUAUUUUAAGACAUGUUAACCAGUUAUAAAUUGAUAUUCGUAUGUGUAUCUCUCAUAUAUAACAUGUAACAAUCUAAAUCGUUUAAUGUUUUUUCUAAGCUAUGAAAAACCAGGUGUUACUCUAGUCUAAAGCAUGAUGCAUAACCUCAAAAUUUUAAACCACAAAAAAUGCAAAGCUUAGUAAGAUUAAUCACUUAUCAAAAUUCCCUGAAAACAAACAGAAGAUGCGUAUUGGUAUAUCACCGUCAAAAUGAUAUUGACAAACACAGAACAGAAAGAACUUAUUGCGUAAAAAAAGAUGACAUAAUUGACAAGUUGGACAACCUGGAACAAAAAAUACAAUCGAUAGUCCGUAAGAAAACCAUAGAUUGCCUUGAAACAAAAUGCAAACAACCAGAUACCUCAUUACCAGACUGCAACGUGAGCGAGACCUCUGUAGACCCUGGCAGACGCCAUCCAGUUCACCCUAUCCCGCAGGCUUGCCCUCCCAAGCCCGACGAGAGUGACCCCUGUAUACGCCCAUAUGUCAAUCCUUGCCCCCCGCACCCUCUUAAGAUAUGCUCUCCAUGUGCAAUGCCCGUUGAUCCCUGCAGGGAACCGUGUAAGAAACCAAAAUACAAAAUGCCGAAAGAUAAGAAGAUUAUGGAACUUGAUAUUAGGAUGAUGAAGGUCCUGUUUGCUCUCACUACCCUCCUUGCCGCUUAUAUUCUAUACAAGAUAUAUGCAGAUCAAGAGGAUACUCCGCAGGUGUUAGUUAAAGUGGGUAAAAAACGCAGGACACAGAAACCUCGGAUACCUCAUAAGGAUCCACAAUACAGCGUGGAAAUACCCAGUUCGGUUCCUUAUUUAAUCAUUGGUGGAGGGACGGCAGGUUAUGCAGCUAUGAAGAAACUAAUAGAACUAGAUCCAGAUGCCAAAAUUUUAAUUCUAAGCAAAGAGCUCCACUAUCCGUAUGACAAAACUCCUCUCAAUACAGAACUAUUGUUAGCCGAUCCAGCCAGUUCCAAAGAACUAAUGUACAAACCUCGUGAUAGUCCAAAUAGCAAAGAUAGAAAAAGUGUAUAUUUCGAAAAAGAAGAGUUUUACACACCAAUAAUAGAAUUUGAUAAGCACAAGAGUGAUCCAGGCCCCUUUGUUAGUAUUGCCCGAGGGUGGGAGGUAAAUAAGAUAGACAGUAUUAACAAACUCGCAGAUAUAGAAGGAAAGAAAGUUAAGUACGAUAAAUGUAUUUUAGCAACUGGCUCAUCACCAAGAAAUUUGAGAGUAUUCUCAGAAAAUAGUGAAGAAGUAAAGAAAAGAGUAUCUACAUUUACCACGGUUUAUGAUUAUCAAUUGUUGGAUGAAAUCAUUGAUUCGUACAACGGAGAUAUGACUAUAGCAAUAGUGGGAGGAGGUUUAAACGGGACUGAAUUAGCUUGUUCCUUACAAAAAAAAGGUAUCAGGAUUAUUCAAAUCUUUGAAGAGAACAGCAACAUGAGCAGACUAUUACCAGGCUAUCUUGCAGACUGGUUGACAAAACGAGUUGUGAACACUGGAGUCACUGUAUUACCACAAACUGAUAUACUUGAUGCUCUUAUAUGGAAAGGAGGAGAACAUGAUGGAAACAUUGCUCUCUACGUCAACAACAAACAAUCUAAAAAAAAUUACCUUGUAUUUGCGGAUCAUGUUUUAGUUUCAAUAGGAAAUGUUCCCAAUACUGACCUAGCAGAGCCUUCAGGAUUUGAACUUGACAAUGUAAGAGGUGGUUUCAUGGUAAAUACAGAACUACAAAUCCGCCGGGACUUGUACGCUGCCGGAGACUGCAUCUCGUACUACGAUAGCGUGUAUGGAAGAAGACAUUUUGAGCAUUAUGAUCAUGCAAUGGAAUCAGGCAAAACUGCAGCUGAAAACAUCUUGUCAAAAGGAAAAACAUAUGCACAUCAGUCCUUGAUCUGGUCAGAUCUUAUGGAUGAUAUAGGUUAUGAAGCAGUGGGUACUAUCGAUUCAUCCUUACCUACUGUUGGGAUUUACUACAAUGGAGAUAAAUCAGAAAAGAUAAAGGAGAAUCCAGAAACCAACACAGAUUGCAAUGAAGAUAAUCCCAGGCUGGGAUUAGAUGAGUUUAAUAAAGGAAUUAUUUUUUAUAUUGAUCACAAAGAAACUAUUGUUGGUAUACUAACAUGGAAUGUGUUUAAUAGAGCUACAAUGUUACGGAGGAUUUUAGAAAAGGCUCAAUCGUACAAAGAUUGUGAUGAAUUGGCAAAGUUAAUGCAUAUCCAUGCAUAGUUAAGAAACAGUAUAAAGUGUACAAAGGAUAAACCUUUUUGUCCUAAACAUGAAUGGUGUGGUUUAAGUUCUGCAAAUAAUGUUGUAGAUAGUGAUUAUGAAUUCUGAUAUGCUUUUUUAAAAAUCAAAAUACACACGUUUACGAAAAAAAAAAACUUUUUUAUUUUUAGGAAUGAAAAUAAUUCGUAUUCAAUAUAACUUAGUAGACUUUCGUCAAAUAAAUCAUAAACAUGUGUUUUUUAAGGUUAAUUUUUGUAUAAUAUAAUAGCAGAGAGGGUUGCUUUGUUGCUUUGAAUUGUCUGUUAUGGUCUAAAGUAAUUAAUACCAUGCGCAAUAAAAAAAGAUAGUUUAUUAAAUGUCAUACAAAGUUAUUGAUAUGAACAGACAUUUCUCAAACAUGUAGUUCUUUUUUUACUUCCACUUAACGAUAUGUGUUAUAUCUACUGCCACACUGCAAAAGCCU